AUGUUAGAUAUACCAGUUUGCCGAUGGGGCAUAGUUGCGACUGGCUUUAUUUCAGCUUGGUUCGUCGCAGAUUUGGUUGUCCAACGUGAUGACGCCAAAGUCCACCACAUCAUUCAAGCUAUUGGAUCAUCUUCAGCUCAAAAGGGCCGCGAUUUUGCAAAGAAGCAUUGUCCUCACCAAAAGCCCACCAUUUACUCUUCCUAUCAAGAGGUCUACGCCGAUCCGGAUGUGGAUUGCGUCUAUAUCGGAACACCUCACUCAUUCCAUAAACAGAAUUGUCUGGAUGCAAUUGCUGCCGACAAGAACAUCCUCUGCGAGAAGCCUUUCACAAUAAAUGCAAAGGAGGCUAAGGAGGUUUUCGGGGCUGCCAAAGAAAAAGGCGUCUACGUAGCUGAGGCUAUGUGGCUCCGACAUCGCCCGUUGGUCACGGAGCUCCGUAAGACUCUAUUUAAGGAGCAGGCGAUUGGAGAAAUCUCUUGCUUGUCUGCACAAUAUGCCCUCCCUGUUGACAUAGCCAGUCUACCCUCCACCUCAAGAUACAGGGACUUGGCUUUGGGAGCUGGAUCGCUCUUGGAUGUAGGGAUUUAUCCACUUACUUGGGCACUCCUCUCUCUCGAUGCUGCUGUCCCGGAGAACCCGGAAGAACCCAAUAUCGUGGCUACGCAAACCCAUUCUCUCGGUAUUGAGGUCACCACAAGCGCCAUCUUGCAUUACCCAUCUACUGGACGACAUGCCAAUAUAUCAAGCACAUUCACGGCGACCCCAACGACCGACUUCGUGUGCCGUAUCCAAGGCUCAAAAGGCUACAUCGACGUUACUGGAAAAGACGCCUCUCAUCCGGUAGCGUUUACUGUCUUUCAAGAAACUGGUCCUGGCCAGUUCGACGCGAAGGAGCAUGAGCAUAAUCAUCCGAGCCAGGGCUUUACCUUUGAGGCAGAUAAUACAGCAUUGGACAUUUUGGCACAUCGCAAGGAAAGUGCCAUCAUGCCUUGGCGGAAAACAGUCCGAGUUAUGGAAAUCAUGGAUGAAAUCAGGAAGCAGGGUGGGACUCGUUAUCCUCAAGAUGAAAAUGAACAGAUAUAA